AUGACAGUUGCCACUGGAGAGCCCACAGAUGAAGCAUCAGCUUUUCCAGGUCACCCACAAGACAGUUAUGACCCCGAUCCUGAUCAUGAAUGUUGCGAGAGAGUUGUUAUUAAUAUUUCUGGCCUUCGCUUUGAAACGCAGCUAAAAACCUUAUCCCAAUUUCCUGAAACAUUGUUAGGAGAUCCCAAAAAGAGGAUGAGGUACUUUGAUCCACUGAGGAAUGAAUAUUUCUUUGAUAGAAACAGACCAAGUUUUGAUGCCAUCCUGUAUUAUUAUCAGUCUGGUGGCAGAUUAAGGAGACCUGUGAAUGUGCCCUUGGAUAUCUUCUCGGAGGAAAUUCGGUUCUAUGAACUUGGUGAAGAGGCCAUGGAGAUCUUUAGGGAGGAUGAAGGAUAUAUUAAAGAAGAGGAACGCCCUUUGCCCGACAAUGAGUUUCAGAAGCAAGUUUGGCUUCUCUUUGAAUAUCCUGAAAGCUCUGGCCCUGCUAGGAUUAUUGCCAUUAUAUCAGUUAUGGUGAUCUUAAUCUCGAUUGUGAGUUUUUGCCUCGAAACUUUGCCUGUUUUUAGGGACGAGAAUGAAGACAUGCAUGGGAGUGCUGUAAAUGUCCAUCCAUAUUCCAACAGCACACGCCGAUACCAACAAUCUAAUACCUUCACAGAUCCAUUCUUUAUUGUUGAGACACUUUGCAUCAUAUGGUUCUCCUUUGAGUUCUUGGUUCGUUUUUUUGCAUGUCCAAGCAAAGCUGGAUUUUUUACCAAUAUCAUGAAUAUCAUUGACAUAGUGGCUAUCAUUCCUUAUUUUAUAACUCUAGGUACAGAACUGGCAGAAAAAACUGAAGAUGGGCAACAGGGUCAGCAAGCAAUGUCCUUAGCAAUUCUUAGAGUAAUAAGACUGGUUAGAGUGUUUAGGAUCUUCAAACUUUCCCGACAUUCAAAGGGCCUUCAAAUUUUGGGUCAAACACUCAAAGCAAGUAUGAGGGAACUAGGUCUUCUAAUAUUUUUCCUCUUCAUUGGUGUGAUUCUUUUCUCCAGUGCUGUGUAUUUUGCAGAGGCUGAUGAGAGAGAUUCUCAGUUUCCCAGCAUCCCAGAUGCCUUCUGGUGGGCUGUGGUUUCCAUGACAACAGUAGGAUAUGGAGACAUGGUCCCUACAACAAUAGGUGGCAAAAUAGUAGGCUCCCUCUGUGCAAUUGCAGGCGUGUUAACCAUUGCCUUACCAGUUCCUGUAAUAGUGUCCAACUUCAACUACUUCUAUCACAGAGAGACAGAGGGCGAGGAGCAAGCACAAUAUUUGCAAGUAACCAGCUGUCCAAAGAUCCCUUCUUCCCCUGACCUUGAAAAAAGCAGAAGUGCCUCCACGCUAAGUAAAUCUGAUUACAUGGAGAUCCAAGAAGGAGUUAAUCAUAGCAGUGAAGAUUUUAGGGAAAAGAAUUUAAAAACUGCUAAUUGCACCUUAGGAAAUACAAACUAUGUAAAUAUAACCAAAAUGCUGACUGAUGUUUGA